AUGGCAAUGUUCACGCUGUGUGUGGACGCGAUAAACUUUUGCUUUUGGCCCGAUCACGACGACGGCGUGGAGGAAGGACUAGAGUACGAGCAUCUUACGAGAGGCUGGAGGAACGCACACGCGGGAGAUUGGACGGUGUUGACGUGCGAGCGGUUGCAAACGAUGAGUGGGCCAGAUUUACGAGCGAUAUUGAAUUGGCCGCGGCCUCUGCCGGACGAAGAGACGCGGGCUAGACUGAUUCGGGAAGUGGGUGAUGGGUUGGCGAAAAGUUUCGGCGGUUCGUGCGCCGAGUUUGUUCGAGCCGCGAACGGAUCGGCGGUGCGGUUGGUGGAGCUCCUUCUUGAACACUUCCCGGGAUUUCGUGACGAGGUGCAUGCGAACGGGGAUGACGUUUUCUUCUAUAAGCGCGCGCAAAUUUUCGUGGGGGAUCUCUGGGGCGGCUUUCGCGGACAAGGUUUGGGAUCGUUUCAUGAUAUCGAGGCGCUGACCAUGUUCGCCGAUUACAGAGUCCCGGUGACGCUUCGCGAGCAAGGCAUCUUACACUAUGACGACGCUCUGUUAACGAAAAUCGUGAAUAAGGAGGAGAUACCAGCGAACAGUGCGGAAGAAGUCGAGAUUCGCGCAUGCACGGUGAUGGCGGUUGAAGCGAUUCGCGAGUCCUUCGCGAAAAAGCACGGUGAGCGUGUCAGCAGCAUCGUUAUAGACUGGUACCUGUGGGAAAGAGGCGAAGAAAAGCGCAAAACCUCGGUAGAACCGCAUCAUAGAACGCGAACGACGUUUUAUUAG